AUGAGCAGAAGGCAGGACCUCGUGCCGUCAACGCACAACUCCCUCGACGUGCUAACGGAAAUCUACAGAAAUGAGGAGGCGUCGCUGCUCAUACAGACGUACCCGUUGGAGGUGGUGAAGAGGGCUGUCGGAGAAAUCACUGUGUGCCUGUCGGCCUUCACUCACUAUGCAAGGGAGUACCGCGAUACGCUUGCAUUCUCACCGAGCGACACCAAGAAGCUUUUCAAAAACAAGCUGCUCAUGGACUACUACGCCCUCUGCUACUUGUCGGGUUCCAAGAACUACUACCUCUACAAUACGCACCGCAUGAAUCUGAUCAAGGAGCUCGCCGUCACCCACAACGGGCUGUACGAUGUCAUCCCCAUGAACGUCAUCGAGCGCCUGUCGGACCAGGAGGCAACCUUCCUCAGAGAUACGUGCAACGCCAUCAUUAAAACGCCCAUGCCGGUGCGUCCGAAGAGCUAUAGCAUCAUUGCGGUUCUCAAGGACAUCGUCACCGACGACAUCGCAGACAGGAGCAACCCCAAUAUGCGCUACUACCCCAAGGGCGCCAAGCUCACAAUACCGACUGACAUGGCGGAGCUGCUUGUGCAGUCGAAUUGGAUCAAGGUGAUAAAAACAAACUUAUAA